AUGGAUGGAGAAAAUGUGCUUUUUCUGGUGACCAAUUUCAUCGCUACAGCGAAGCAAGCCCAGGGCACCUGUCCCGAGAGCCCCUCUGUUCUCGAUGCGGUGUGCACAGAAGAUGCAGACUGUCCCGUGGGAAACCCUGUGGUUCGCGGCAACGGGAUAAAAACUGGGAAAUGUGUGAUGUUCAACACCACCCAUUCCACCUGUGAGAUCUAUGGUUGGUGUCCUGUGGAGAACAACACCCUGCCCAGGAAACCUCUUCUGGCUGAGGCGGAGAAUUUCACUCUUUUUAUAAAAAAUACUAUCCACUUCACCAAAUUCAACUUCUCCAAGUGCAAUACUUUGCAAACCAAUGACCCCACCUAUUUCAAGAGCUGCACGUACGAUCCGUUCUUCAACCCUUCCUGCCCCGUCUUCCGUGUCCGUGACAUGGUGGAGGCAGCUGGAGAGACCUUUGGGGACCUCGCCCUGCUGGGGGGGAGCAUCGGAGUUCGCAUCGAGUGGGACUGCGACCUGGAUCACCCCGCUGCCCAGUGCCAGCCGCAGUACCUGCAGGACAGGAGGUACAAUUUCAGAACUGCCUCCUACUACUGGGACUCCCAGCGGCGGCUCUGCCGGAACCUGCUGAAGCUCUACGGCAUCCGCUUCGACAUCUCCGUGCACGGCCAGGUACCGUCUCCUCUGCAGACCCUGCAUGCACAGUCCUGGCGGCCUUGUCACCGGGGCUGA